AGUGUGUCUCAAGUUAGCAUUGAUACUGGGACAAUGGACGCUACCACAAUCACAACGUUUUGCUGGAUGUUAAGUCUAGUUCGACCACAGCCGGGUCCAAACAUUCAAGAUACAAAAUACGCACAGGAUGGAGGGACUGUGACGUUUUCAUGGAACCUACACACACCAGCACUGGAGUUUACAGUGAGGGGACCUUCAACGUCAAGCAGUAUAUUUCACGUAAAUGACGGUUCUCAGCCAACACUUGUCAAUGAGACAUAUAAGAGUAGAAUACAUACUGUGUCGUAUUUGAGAGGACCAGAAAGAGUGUUGUCCUUCCAGUUAACUGAUGUUGGUAUGUCUGAUGGGGGUACCUACAGCGUUCACGCAGGAUCACCAAACACCCUAGGUUCUGAGGUUGAUAGAAGUCACCUUAUCGUCACCCGUGUCCUGCGCCCCUACAUAGUGUCAACAGUUACUGUUCCAUACAGAAACAGAGCCAGACUCACCUGCUACGUCUUCACAGUCCUAAGUGACGAGGGAUCCCUGACCACAGUCAUUACUUGGCUGAAGAACAAUGUACCGUUGGCAAGUGGAUGGCAGUAUGGCAUUACGUUGGAUGAUGGUACACUGUACAACUGGGAGUACUAUCGUGUCAGUACACUUACUAUCUAUGACACGAGUACAUCCACGGGAGACAUAUACUCAUGUCAGGCCACAGUGGACAAGUUGAUGGUGACCAUACUGAGUGUGGAGCAUACUUUGGGAAGCAACUCGGUCUUGUCUUAUUACCCGAGUAACACAGUGAUAAAUGAGACGGAAAACACCACUGUUAUUUGGAAUUUACCUUAUCGGGACUCCGACUUCUAUGUCUCCCGUGACUCUGGGGAUCUAAUAUUACAUGUGAACGGGACAAUGAUUUAUACCAUGGACAAAUAUUGGUCGCGAAUCAAGAUAUCAGACGUAUCGACGACUUCAACCCGCUCCCUCAUUGUGCGGUUUACACUUUACAACGUUACAUCAGCUGAUGCCGGCAUGCUUGACUGCAGGGAAUAUGACGAAGAGUGGCAUAUUCUCCCAGACUGGCGCCACGUACUGAUUAUCUCACGUAAGCCAGAGGACCCUCGAAUAUACAGCAGUGGCUCUGUUAUCCCAUGGAAACCGCUGGUCCUGAUUUGUUCAACGUUAUCAUUGAGUCUGCCAGUGGACCAUGGUCAGCGGAUGUCUUACAUCUGGAGGAGAAACAACCGCUUGCUUGGAAGUACAGGCAAAUACCAUUAUGAGGGUUCUACACUCACCAUCGCUGAUUUCCUUAAUGAAGAGGACUACAGAGGCAGAUAUUCUUGUCAGGCCAGAGAGUGGGAUAUGGAUUCAAACUGGAGCGCUGAAUACUCCGUGGAAGAAACAUAUACAAGAAGUACGCUGAUAAGUGUGAUAUUGGUGUCCUGUCUGGCUGUGAUGUUGAUUGUCGCACUUACUGUUGUCAUUUACCGUCGUGCUUACAAAACACUGAAAGAAUCCUUUCACCCAACACCUCUUGACACUUAUAUUACACCAGUAUCAGACACGAGGACGUCUGUCGGAGAUGAUGGACCCAAUACAUAUGAAUCAAUCGAUGUGGGAACUGGCGUCGAGUCUCGAGUCCCAAGUCUGUCUGAGGUGAACAACUCUGACCAACAUCAGCCGUCAUCUUAUAAUGUCGGUACAGACGAUUCCGUUUAUGGAUCCAGACCUGCUCACGUUGGUAAUGUCGACAUUAUUGAGUCAGAUUUUACUUUUACUGACGAUCCAUUGACGCCUCAAUCACAUGUCUAUUAUUCUAUUUCAAUAAAUGACAAACGCCCUCAAACAGAUGCAGCGGGUUAUGUAGCCUGGAAUGAAGAUAAAGGGAUGCUUAUUCGUACUGGAAUCAAUGGACCUAGAUACGUACACGUUUCUGACGUCAUGGACCUUAAUGAAUUGGAUUGCACUUCAAGGUCAUUCACAGCUAUUGAUGAACCAUCUACGUCACAAUCACGUGACCCUUACAUCACUUCCGUAAAUGGCGAGCGCCCUCAAACAGAUACUGCGGGUUACGUAGCCUGGAAUGAAGUUAAAGGGGUGCCUACUGGUAAACAAAUCGAUGGACCGAACUUCGCUUACGUCUGUGACCGCAAAAAUACUGAAGAAUUGAAUUCCCCUCCAAGACCAGUCAAAGGUAUUGAGGAUCCACCCACGUCUCUAGCACAUACUUGUUACAUUUCAGAGGAUACAAAACAUCCUCAAACAGAUGCAGCUGGCUACGUACAGUGGAAGGAUGCUGAGGGGGAUGCUUACUGGGGAAGGAAAUAAUGCAACCAUACACAACAUGUAAGAAGAUGGAGUAUGUUAGUCACAUGUACCACCCGUGAAGAUCCGGGUUAGAAUAUUGAUCUUCAGUAACCCAUGCUUGUCGUAAA